AUGGAGGCUUUCGCCUUCAGUUCUUCCUCUAUCACUGUUGCACCUAAAAAUGUCGCGAAAAAGGAGAAUAACCGCAGAGUUAAAACGAGCACGACAAUAUGCUGCCAGAAGAGUGGAAAGCAUGCAGUUAAGUCUAGUGGGAUUCUGUCAGUUUUGACAGAUAAGUCAUCUGCUUUGAUUAGCCCGAAUCAUGGCCCGGCGUUGAUGGAGACCGGCAGUUUGCUUUUGAGCCCCAAUGGUAAUGAUUUGGUGUCGACAAGUGACGAUGGCAUUGGCAUUGUCAAGUUCCUCAGUGGCAAAACAUUUCUCAUCACUGGUGCAACUGGAUUUUUCGGAAAAGUUCUGGUUGAGAAAAUACUGCGGACAGCUCCUGAUGUUCACAAGAUAUUCGUCUUGAUCAAGCACAAGAACGACGAAACUGCAGCCGACAGAAUGAAAAGUGAAAUUAUCAACGCUGAGCUUUUCAAGAAUCUGAAACAAAUCCAUGGAAAAUCAUAUGAAGCAUUCAUGCUGAGCAAGCUUGUUCCUGUGGCAGGCAAUGUCUGUGAGACCAAUCUUGGUCUGGAUGAAGACGCAUCUACUUUCAUGGCCGAAGAGGUCGAUGUAAUCAUAAAUUCCGCGGCCAAUACCACUUUUGACGAGAGGUAUGAUACGGCUCUGGAUAUAAACACCGGCGGACCCACUCGUCUCAUGAGCUUUGCCAAACAAUGCCUUAAGCUGAAGCUCUUCCUACAAGUAUCAACAGGCAAGCUGCUUUUUCUUUACCUUCCUGCAAAAAUUACUUAUGUGAAUGGACAAAGGCUAGGCAGGAUUAUGGAGAAGCCCUUCAGCAUGGGUGAAAGCAUAGCAGGCGAGACUAUUGCUGACAAAAACCACCAGCAGCUACCCUUACCCAAAUUUAGCGUCGAGGAUGAAAUCAAGAUUGUUUUGGAGUCUAAAAAGGGUCUCGAUGCUAAUGCACAGCUUCAGAAAAUGAAAGAAUUAGGUUUGCAGAGAGCAAAGAAAUUCGGAUGGCAAGACACGUAUGUGUUUACAAAGGCUAUGGGUGAAAUGAUGAUAAACAAACUAAGAGGAGACAUACCUGUGGUAGUAAUCAGGCCAAGCGUUAUCGAAAGCACGUACGAAGAUCCAUUCCCUGGAUGGAUGGAAGGAAACAGGAUGAUGGAUCCAAUCAUCCUGCAAUAUGGCAAGGGCCAGCUGACUGGAUUUCUCGUCGACCCGGAUGGAGUUCUUGAUGUAGUUCCAGCAGAUAUGGUCGUGAAUGCAACCUUGGCAGCCAUGGCAAAGCAUGGGUCAACCGGAAAGCCAGAUUACAAAAUCUACCAGGUGGCUUCGUCUGUAGUUAAUCCUUUAGUCUUCAAGGACUUGGCUAAGUUCCUAUACGAACACUUUAGCUCCUCCCCAUUCAUAGACCAAACAGGUAGUCCAGUCCGCAUCCCCAAGAUGAAGCUAUUCGACUCCAUGGAUGAUUUCUCAUCUCACCUCUGGAGGCAUGCUAUCAACCGAACAGGAUUAGGAGCUUUGGCCAACCUCGAUGGAAAAUUGUCUCAGAAGCUCGAGCUCAUCUGCAGAAAAUCAGUGGAACAAGCCAAGUACAUGGCGAAUAUCUACGAGUCCUACACUUUCUACGGUGGAAGAUUUGACAACAGCAACACAGAGAGAUUGAUGGGAUUCAUGUCUACCGAAGAGAGACAACAUUUCGGAUUUGAGGUAGAGAAAAUCGAUUGGAAAGAUUACAUCACCAAUGUCCAUAUUCCAGGUUUGAGAAGGCAUGUGAUGAAGGGACGGGGUCUGAGCAGUUAG